UCCCGGAAGCACCGGGAGCCGGAGCGAGCCGAGCUGGGCCGGCGGUGAGCGGCGAGCGAGGCCGCCGGGCGGGCGCGCAGAAAGGAAAAGGUCAAGAAAUGUCUGCCAAUUUAAAGUACCUUUCCUUGGGCAUCCUGGUUUUUCAGACCACAAGUUUAGUGCUGACCAUGCGCUAUUCUCGGACGCUGAAAGAAGAAGGACCUCGUUACUUAUCCUCUACUGCAGUAGUUAUUGCUGAACUUCUGAAGAUUUUGGCCUGUGUUCUAUUAGUCUACAAAGACAGCAAAUGCAAUUUACGGACUCUGAACAGAGUGCUACGUGAUGAAAUCCUUAACAAACCCAUGGAAACCCUUAAACUUGCUAUUCCUUCAGGAAUUUACACUCUUCAGAACAACUUGCUGUAUGUAGCAUUGUCAAACCUAGAUGCAGCCACAUACCAGGUUACAUAUCAACUGAAAAUUCUCACCACAGCAUUGUUUUCUGUGUCCAUGUUGAGCAAGAAACUGGGUGUAUACCAGUGGCUGUCACUAGUAAUAUUGAUGACAGGAGUGGCAUUUGUGCAGUGGCCUUCAGACUCUCAAGCAACACCUGCUAAGGAGCACUCAGCAGGAUCACAGUUUGUAGGCCUGAUUGCAGUUCUCAUAGCGUGCUUUUCUAGUGGAUUUGCUGGAGUUUAUUUUGAGAAAAUUUUAAAGGAAACUAAGCAAUCUGUGUGGAUCAGAAACAUUCAGCUUGGGUUUUUUGGUAGCAUAUUUGGACUGAUGGGUGUUUACAUUUAUGAUGGAGAACAACUGUCAAAGAAUGGAUUUUUUCAAGGAUACAAUAAACUUACUUGGGUGGUGGUUGUUCUACAGGCACUUGGAGGGUUGGUGAUUGCUGCUGUUAUAAAAUAUGCCGACAACAUUUUAAAGGGAUUUGCAACUUCUCUCUCCAUUAUACUGUCAACAUUGAUCUCCUAUUUCUGGCUGCAAGAUUUUGUCCCUACAAGUGUCUUUUUCCUCGGAGCCAUCCUUGUAAUAGCAGCUACUUUUCUAUAUGGUUAUGAUCCCAAACCUGCAGGAAAUCCCAUUAAGGCAUAGCAGACUUCCUCAUCAACCUGCUUCUCGAGAUCAUGCACUGGGGGCCUUGCUAGCACUGGCAUGUGGGAAGUGUCACUGUGCACUGCCAGGGAAGGAUGACUGCCCUGCAUCUAUUGAAGAAAUGCUGAAGAGUAGUUCUGAACAGCCAGAGGGGUUACAAGUGGAGGGUGAUGCUGUCUGCAACUGAUGGGGGGGGAAAUGUCAGGGGAAUACCCAGUGCAACUUGCUAAUAAAAACUUGAAAGAACCAAAAGUUUCCAAGAAACUACAAUUAGGAAUGUUUACACCUUUGACUGAGAUUGCAUCACAAGAAUUACUGUAUUGACUGCUGCAGAAAUAUGUCCUAUGCACUCUAUGAAAGAGCACACGACAACAUUGUCAGAUUGUAUGUUUUUGCUAUUCAAUUCUAUUUCAUCUUAGUAAAUAUGUUUUUAACUGUUUGUCUAUUUACGUGAAAUGAGCAGAAAGUCAUAGUUCUAAAGUGAUGGUUCUAAUUAGGUACUCCUUAUUAAAACUGAAAAUUGAAGUAUGAUUGAAAGACAUUUUCACAAUAUCAAAUAUUUUUAUAUUUUUAGAAGGCUGAUUUAAUAACAGAAAUCUGUUAUUAAAUGAUAGUAUUUUAAUUCUGUUGCUUCUAUAAAACUGUUGUAGGAAUGUUAACAUUGCCACUGAAAUACAAAGGGAGGAAUACUCCAGCCUCCAUCAGCCUGUAGUGUUGGAGCAGAUGGAAUAACUCUGGGAACAAAGGCUGGAGGUUACUGUGCUAACCUGGGAGCAGCAG